AUGAGGAAAAUACACGAUUUUCAGCCUCAACAACAGGAAUCUGGGCUCUUGCCGAUUUCCAUCAUUUAUGCUCAGAGUUUGUCGAGUAGCAAUUUUCUCUUGAUUUUCUGCCAAAUUUCCCAAUAUCAGCAGGAACUUCACAUUUAUCAAUGCGAGGCUAAUGAAUCGGGUGGAACCGCAGCUUUGAAGGAGCUCAAAAAGCUUCUCGUUCCACAUCGAAAGAAAGAAAAUAGCCUUCGCCAGGAUUCACUCGAGGCGUCCAUCAAGAGUGUUACGUUAUGGCUAAAUGACCAGUAUCUAUUCCUCGGCUACGACGAUGGAGUUUUUCGAGCUUACAACCUUGGCCAUGGUGACCCUCUGGCGUGGAAUUUGGACAAUUUUUGGACUCUCUCUCUCUUCGAGCCCACGAAUGGUCGGAUCAACGGGAUUUUUCCCAUGGAAUUUGCACAAGGCCAUGUAUUGGCCAUUUGCGCUGACGACGGGGGUCUGAUGGUCAUGAGAUUAGAAUCUGAAUUCAAUGAGGCUAUUGAUGCCAUGAGAAGACGAGAGAAAAUCAAGCUGAGCCAACGGAACCCUCAAGAGAAACUGAGAAUCUCGUGGGGAGAGGCGGCCUUAACAUCCGGGAUAACCGAUGAAAAGGUCGUUUCCACAAAAAAGAUUCAAGACCUAGACGAUCCCAACCAUCCAUCUUUGGAACAAGAACGGCUUCAAGAUUUUCAAGAUAGCAAAUCCAGAUCCAUCGAAGAAAAGAAAAUCUUUAUUCAGCGGAACUUGGCCAAUCUGAAGAAUCAGUUCAAGGCACUUCUGGUCAGGAAUGAGCAAUUGCCGGAGCGGUUCCAGUUUCCGUUGAGUGAGUUCCAGUUGACUGAUUUUACUUACACGGAGAUUGAAGCCGAGAACCGCGCUGUUUUGGAUGAAAUUCGCGAACAGUCACUCAUGGAACAAGAAGGUAAUGAACGGAUUCUCCAGAGGAUUAAAACGGCAUUUCUUGAUGACAUUGCACAACCCAGACGAAUCGUAAAAGGAAUCAGGGAGAAUAUUGAGUUGAAAUCAUUUCGAAUCGUCAAGGAUGACAACAUCUCUCUGGAGACGGAUAUGUUCUCGAGAUUGGUCCAAGAUAGGUCCAAGGGGAAAUUGGACUCUAGAUCAACCACCUUAACCACUGAGGAUUAUCAACCCUCCUCAGUCUCAUCAGGCUCAACCGAUGAAAUGGAUGACGAUAACGACAGUGACGUGGAACUCAACUCUGAAGAGCAAGCUCUUAUACAAUGUUCCAACUCACCAACACAAUUAAUGGUCUCAAUGAACGCCUUCAACACUCUUAAGCAGCCAUUGGACCGCAAACUUUUGGAUGGAAGGAUCCUAAAAGCAUUACAGAGACAAGAGGAGAGACAAAACAAAAAGAAGGCCAGACUCAAGCAUUGGGAGGAAUUAUUAGCUCGUAAACCCUUGGAUGACCCAGACCAUCCUGACCAAGUCCAAGAAAUCAAGGAGGCCCAUCCAAACUUGGGCCAAUUUAUACGAAAGACCAGUCCAUUAUACGAAGAUGAGCACCCCGUCAAAGAGGAUGCACAAAGGAAGAGAAUCGUCACUUUACUGAUGAAGAUCCGGGAAAUCAAAGAGAACUUCAAUGCCCGCGUUGCAAAGAUAAAGGAGAGAAAAUCAAAGCUCAUCCAACAGUUCGAAACAUUGAAAGAGGAGUUGAUUGAAAUUCAAGAGAAAUUGGUGCCAAGGAGAAGACAGCCUUUUCCCCGAGUCCCACAACUGAGACACGAAGAGAUCGAAAGAGACCCUUUUCAGAUUGACGAGGUGGAAAUUUUGGCCAUCAAGGCCGAGCUUGUACGUGAUGAAGAAUCCAGGAUCGACCAAGGUGUUCAAAACUCGACAACCUCGUCCAAGGGUGGUUCCAAGUCCAAGCUCGAGCGUCGAGGAUCCAUCCUACCAUUAGGAGGGAUUGGCGCGAUUUCUAGUGCCAAAUCAUUAGCUAAGCUGGUUUCGGAAAAGGAAGUGAAAAUGUCAAGCUUGACAGAGAUGGCUCAAGACGACAUUCGCGAAGAUGACGAAGAGGGUGAUGAAAAUUGUCAGGAUCUCUCUUGGAACAUGUCAAAAGAGGAAGAGGAGAUUCAAUACAUUUUGGAACAGAGAUGGGUUUUCCAUCAGGACCAACUGAUCGCCAAGAUGAAUUCCCUGAUUGAUCGAUUUGACGAGGAGCUCCUUGAAUUAAUUUCUUCCAAGAAGAAGAUUGAUGUUCAAGUGAAAUAUGCGGAAAUUGUGGCCAUCUCAAUGUAUGAGGAACUUCAAAUAAUCACAUCUUCCGAGAAAGAGGAAAAUACAUUACUCGAAAACGUGGAAAAAGUCCAGAAGGCAUUGGAUUUGAAUGCUGCCAAAAUCAACUCCAAAGAACUUGAAUUGGAUCAGAUCCGACAAAACCUCGACAAAUAUGUGGAACUGCUGAAGCUUAUCUACGACAAAGUUACUUACGAGCUCUCCGACAAUCGUCACGUGGAGCACUUGACCAAAUUGUUCCACGUCAAGGCCAAAUAUCUCAAGCUCCCCAAAGACAAAGAUGAGCGCUAUCUUUGUCCCAACUCGAAUGAAGAAGUGGAAAUGAUCAAACCCGAUCUGUUUAGAGAGGAGUCAAUUACCGAGGACCAAACUCAUCCUCAUAACUUGGACCCCAAGGCUUUGGAGUUUGUUCUGGACAUGAGAAGGCGUAGGGAUUUGGUUGAAUCGGCCAUCAGAAGCCAAGAGAAAGUCAUGAAAAAGAUGGAGACAACCUUAUCGAGGUUGCAAUCGAGGCAGAAUUACAAGAACACCAUGUUCCAAGAGGGCAAAUCUACACUUCACUCAUUCCGGACUCGUAAGCAAGCCCAAAUCAACCAACUGAAGGUGGUCGUGGGAUUGAGAAAAAGCCAAUUGAUUCUUCCCCAAGAUGAGUACGAUCAAGCCAACUCACCCUCAGCUGUCAUGGUCUCAGGCCCUGCGGAUCAUCCCUCCGGCAACCCUGAGGAAAAAAGCGAUGCUUUACUGGUGUAUCCAUGGCAACAUUGGCAACAGCUUCAAUCUAAGAGUGAGGAGCUCAAAUUGGAACGAGGCUCCUUUAAAAAGAAAUUCAAGGAGGAAAAGCAGGAGUACCUCAACCUUCAAGAGGAAUGCAAAACCUUGGCCAAGCAAAUCCAAUUAUUGAACACUCAGUGCUCGGCAGAAAUGGCCAAGAGAUUUGGAACCGGGAUCUCCAUGGAGGAUAUUGAAGAGUUUUCAACCAAUCGCACAUUGGAGGAGAUGCGAGAAGGUGCCAAGAGACAAGAAUGGGGACGAUAUCGAGAAAUUGAACAAGAACAGGAGCAGAUAAAACGAGACAAGCAAGCGCUAACGGAGGCCAUCCGGAAUAAUACCAAAUUAGUGGAGAAGAAGACUCAAUUACUGAGGGAACGGACCGAAUUAGAGACCCUGAAAGUUUCUAAUGAGCAGACGCUGUCCAAGGAAUUGAAGUUGGAGCAAAAAGAGGCUGAAGCUUCCGAAGAGUUACGGGAUCUUCUUAAGCUCUAUCAUUCACAGCAAAAUGAAUUGGGCGAGAUGCAUCAGAAGUUGGCCCAAUUUAUGACCAAGGGUGUCCAUGUUUCUCGAAUCCCAUUGUCCCCACCUGAUCCAGCGACCAAGAAGAAUAUUAUUGCCACUGCCAAAGUGAAAUUGAACCGACAAGGCUCUUCCACCUCAUCUAGUGGAGAAACUGAUCAAGACCAUGAUUUAUGGGACCCGGACCAAGGGUCUCCCGCUUCUGCUGUUUCCAUUGUGGUGGAAAAAGUGGAUUAAACAUAAAUUGUUCCACUCAGACGUUGACAAUGCAUUGACAUUGAAUCAAUAAAGGUUUUCCAUUGCUCCAAUGCUGAAACGUAUAUGAAUGAACGGGUCUCAGUCUGAGGUUUAAAACGGAAUGGUAUAAACGAACAGUGGUUCUCUUUGCACAAUGGUUAAGGCUAUCUUUCGUUAGCGCAUAAUCUCAAAAUGUAUUUCAUCGAAAGCAAAUCUAAGAUAAAAUGGAAUUCAUUAAGUCUUAAACAAUGGG